CGAGCUCGUCAGCCUGAGCAGACGCACCUCAUCUCUUUUCCUCCCCGGUACCCGGAAUAUUCUGGGGAGAAAACGGAAAAACCAGUCUCCAGCAGCUCCCCGAUUCCCUCCAUCAGUUUUCGGUCUCCCCGGUUCCGAGCUCGUCCACUGGUCCUGCGACGUCGCCGACCGCCGCUCCGGAACCCCCCUCCUUCCUGCCGGCACGCAGCCGCUCCGUCUCUCGCAGAAUGGCGCUCAACAAGGAGUACACUUACGCGGACUUGGAGAAGGAGCCCUACUGGCCAUUCGAGAAGCUGCGGAUCUCGAUCACUGGCGCUGGUGGGUUCAUAGCCUCCCACAUUGCAAAGCGCCUCAAGGGCGAGGGGCACUACAUCAUCGCCUCUGACUGGAAGAGGAACGAACACAUGGAAGAGGAUAUGUUCUGCCAUGAGUUUCACCUUGCUGAUCUGAGGGUCAUGGACAACUGCCUCAAGGUAACCACUGGGGUUGACCAUGUUUUCAAUCUCGCAGCUGAUAUGGGAGGGAUGGGCUUCAUCCAGUCCAACCAUUCUGUCAUCAUGUACAACAACACCAUGAUAAGCUUUAACAUGCUUGAGGCUGGUAGAAUCAAUGGUGUCAAGAGGUUCUUUUAUGCCUCGAGUGCUUGCAUCUACCCUGAAUUUAAGCAGUUGGAAACUGUAGUUAGCUUGAAGGAGGCAGAUGCUUGGCCUGCAGAGCCUCAAGAUGCCUAUGGCUUGGAGAAACUUGCUACUGAGGAAUUGUGCAAGCACUACACAAAGGACUUUGACAUUGAGUGCCGGAUUGGUCGCUUUCACAAUAUAUAUGGUCCAUAUGGGACAUGGAAGGGUGGAAGGGAGAAGGCACCUGCUGCUUUCUGCAGAAAGGCUCUAACCUCCACUGACCGGUUUGAGAUGUGGGGAGAUGGUCUGCAGACUAGAUCCUUCACAUUUAUUGAUGAAUGUGUGGAGGGUGUCCUCAGGCUCACAAAGUCUGAUUUCUGCGAGCCUGUAAACAUCGGAAGUGACGAAAUGGUGAGCAUGAACGAGAUGGCUGAGAUAGUCCUGAGCUUCGAGAACAAGCAGCUGCCCAUCCACCACAUCCCUGGCCCCGAGGGUGUCCGUGGCCGCAACUCUGACAACACGCUCAUCAAGGAGAAGCUUGGCUGGGCUCCAACCAUGAGGCUGAAGGAUGGGCUCAGGAUCACGUAUUCUUGGAUCAAGGAGCAGCUGGAGAAGGAAAAGUCUGAAGGCACCGACAUGUCCGCAUACGGAACAUCCAAGGUCUGCACCACGCAGGCACCGGUCCAGCUUGGCUCCCUUCGCGCCGCAGAUGGCAAGGAGUGAACACAGCUCUAGGCAAGGAGAUCAGUUGUUUGUCAGUUGUCACACCAUUUCUUGAUUCAGUCUGAACUUUCACAUACUGCAUGAGAUUUGUAGCCUUUUGUGCUGUUGUAAACGGGAAUAACUGCUUGGUGCAAGAGGAUGUUUUGUUAAACAUUUUAUUUAUAUACAUGUAAAAUCUGGUCAGUUCGUCUUAUGAAAACAAUGAAAUAAUAGUUUGUUACUUUGUGAGA